GGCCGGGCCGGGGCCGCAGCCGCAGCCGGGGCCGGGGCCGAGCCCAGCGCAGCGCAGCGGGAGAUGGAGGCCUCGCCGGCAGAGCCGGGUCCCCCCGCGCCGCCGCCGCCGCCGCCGCUCCCGGAGAGGAAGAAGAAGCCGCAGCGGGCGCCGUCGCCCGCCCGGCCCAAGGAGGUGCCCGGCUGGUCGCUGGCCAAGAGCCGGCGCGGAGGCGGCGGGGGGCACCCGGGCGCGGCCCCGCGGCUGGCGGCGAGCGGCGCGCACCCGCACCCGCACCCGCGGCGGCCGGGCGGGGGCAAGGACGGGCGGCCCGACAAGCGCGGCCCCGCGGGGGCCCGGGCCGGCGGCAAGGGGCCGGCGGGGCGCGGCGCGGCGCGGCCGAAGGGCCGGCGGCACGGAGCCGAGACGGCGGCCCCCGGAGCGAGAAGGACGGGGUCGGGACCCCGCUCGGUGGCCGGGCCCGGGCCGGGGUCCGGGCUGACCGACAGCAGCUCGGAGGUGUCGGACUGCAGCGCCUCGGAGGAGGCGAAGCUGCUGUCGCUGGAGCUGGGGCUGAGCGGCAGCGAUGGCGAGUCCCCGGGCAGCGCCCCGCCGCCGCCGCCCUCGGCCGGAGAGGCGUCGCCGCUGCCCGAGGAGCCCUCGGCCGCCUCCGUGGCCAGCAGCCGCCUGCAGCUCAGCACCUCGCUCGCCUUCUCCGACCUCACCGAGGAGCUGCUGGACGCCGGCACCGACGGGCUGCUCCGCGAGUUGGAGGACCUGCGCUCCGAGAACGACUAUCUCAAGGAUGAGAUCGAGGAGCUGCGCGCUGAGAUGCUGGAGAUGCGGGAUGUCUACAUGGAGGAGGACGUGUACCAGCUGCAGGAGCUGCGGCAGCAGCUGGACCAGGCCAGCAAGACGUGCCGCAUCCUGCAGUACCGGCUGCGCAAGGCCGAGCGCCGCAGCCUGCGCGUGGCACAGACCGGCCAGGUGGACAGCGAGCUCAUCCACAGCCUUGAGCAGGACGUCAAGGUGGCCAAGGACGUCUCUGUGCGGCUCCACAAUGAGCUGGAGGUGGUGGAGAAGAAGAGGAUCAGGCUGGAGGAGGAGAACGAGGACCUGCGCCAGCGGCUCAUUGAGACCGAGCUGGCCAAGCAGGUGGUGCAGAACGAGAUGGACAAGCUCCGAGAGAACUCCCUGAAGAAGCGAGGGUCUCGCUCCAUGGGCAAGACUGAGAAGAAGCCGUCAGUGCAGGAGGACAGCGCAGACCUGAAGUGCCAGCUGCACUUUGCCAAGGAGGAGUCAGCCCUGAUGUGCAAGAAGCUGACCAAGCUGGCCAAGGAGAACGACGGCAUGAAGGAGGAGCUGCUGAAGUACAGGUCCCUGUACGGGGACCUCGACAGCUCCCUCUCCGUGGAGGAGCUGGCUGACUCUCCCCAUUCCCGGGAGGCCGAGCUGAAGGUCCACCUCAAGCUGGUGGAGGAGGAAGCCAACAUCCUCAGCAGGAGGAUAGUGGAGCUGGAGGUGGAAAACCGCGGGCUGCGGGCGGAGAUGGACGACAUGAAGGGCCAGGGGGACAGGGAGCUGCCGGGGCAGGACUCGCGGUUCCUGGUGGGCGUCUCGAGCUGCGGGGACGCGGGGGACACGGUGGCGGAGCUGCGCCGGCACCUGCAGUUCGUGGAGGAGGAGGCCGAGCUGCUGAGGCGCUCGCUGCUGGAGCUGGAGGACCAGAACAAGCUGCUCCUGAACGAGCUGACCAAGUACAAGUCGGACCACGAGCUGGACGUGACGCUGUCGGAGGACAGCUGCUCGGUGGUCAGCGAGCCCUCACAGGAGGAGCUGGCCACAGCCAAGGUGCAGAUCAGCGAGCUCAGCGGCAAGGUGAAGAAGCUGCAGUACGAGAACAGGGUGCUGCUCUCCAACCUGCAGCGCUGCGACCUGGCCUCCUGCCAGAGCACCCGGCCCAUGCUGGAGACCGACGCCGAGGCCGGAGACUCGGCACAGUGCGUCCCCACCGCCGGCUGGAGGGACGGCAUGGGCGGCAGCGAGGCCGAUGGGCAGGACAGGGGGCUGGGCAGCGGGAAGGUGCCUGAUGGCCCCGCCAAACUGCUCAAGCCCAAGGACCUGGAGACCUUGCUGGGCAUCCGGGACCAGGCAACUCUGGUCAGUAAAGCGAUCGAUGUCUUGAUUUCGGAUGCCAAUGGGUUCACUGCGGGGCUGAAGGCGUGCUUGGACAACGAGUGUGCGGGGGUGCUGCUGGGCGAGGCGGUGGGCAGCGGCGGCGACAGUCCCAGCGAUGCCAAGCUGAUGAACGUGCUGCUGAUGCGGCUGGGCGUGCUCCAGCAGGACCUGGGCUGCUUCGUGAGGAAGGUGGACCACCUCACCGGCGGCUUCAAGGAGCACACGGACUCUUUCCCCUUCUCCAGCCCCAGCAGCCACGACAUUACCAAAGAGGGGCUGCAGAAGGAGCAUUCCUCUGACUUCCAGCAGCCUGAUUUUAGGGACGCCGACCCUUUCCGCAUCCCCCACACCAAGGACACGGACCCUGCACAUCCCCGGAGCUACAGAACCUGCCGGGCCGAGGAGAACGACUCCUAUGCCACCGAGAUGAAGGAGCUGCAGCUGGUGCUGUCAGAGGCCAACGAGAGCCUGCGGGGGCUGCAGGAGCAGCUCUCACAGGAGAGGCAGCUGAGGAAGGAUGAGGUGGACAACUUCUCACAGAAGAUCUGCCAGCUGAAGGAGGACCACCAGAAAGCAUUGCUGCGACGGGAGUUCGAGCUGCAGAGCCUGAACCUGCAGAGGCGGCUGGAGCAGAAGUUCUGGAGCCAGGAAAAGAACCUGCUGGUGCAGGAGUCACAGCAGUUCAGACAGAGCUUCCUCCUGCUCUUCAUGAAGCUCAAGUGGUUCCUCAAGCGCUGGCGCCAGGGCAAGGUGGUGCACAGCGAGGGCGAGGACUUUUUGGAGGUGAACAGCAUGAAGGAGCUGUACCUGCUGCUGGAAGAGGAGGAGCUAGCCCCGCAGCAACAGGCAGACAACAAGAUGUGUGCCGGGGACACCUGGACCCCCAACACGCCCAACGAGUGCAUCAAGACUCUGGCAGACAUGAAGGUGACCCUGAAGGAGCUGUGCACGGAGCUGCGGGAGGAGCGGCGCGGUGCCAGCGAGCUGCAGCAGCAGUUCACCAAGGCCAAGGCUGCCUGGGAGAUGGAGCGUGCCGAGCUCAAGUGCCACAUCGCCCAGCUGGAGUCAAAGGCAGGCAAAGGGAUCGCGGAGCGUGCGCUGCCAGACUGGAAGGUGGCACUGAAGAGGGAGCGUGAGGAGCACCAACAUCUCCUGGCCGAGUCCUACAGCGCUGUCAUGGACCUCACCAAGCAGCUGCAGAUCAGUGAGAAGAACUGGAACCAGGAGAAGGUGGAGCUGCUGGCUCGCUUCAAGGAGGAGCAGCAGCAGGCAGAGCAGCAAGCGAAGGACCUGCAGAACAAACUUAACCAGUUGCAGAAAGGAUCCAGUCCGUGGGCAUUGAAGCACUCUGAAAUGGAGAUGCACGGCAGCAACUGGAAAGAGGCUCUCAAUGAGAAAAUCACAGACAAGGAGACAAUCUCUGAAGCAGAAGCCAAGGGAACCAACCUCAAAAGGACCAAGUCUGUUUCCUCCAUGUCAGAGUUUGAAAGCUUGCUCGACUGUUCUCCCUACCUCCCUGGAAAGACCGUGCCAGGGCUGGGUGACCAUGCCCGGGGCAAAAAGGCAUCCUCAACCACCCAGAUGCUGCCCAACGGGAUCCGGGACAGCGCCGGCCUUCCUCCCUCCAACUGUACAUAUGUGAAUAUCGAACAACCUGCCCCUGACAGCCUGGUCAAAGAGAAGCUGGGCAUCUCCUCCUGGGACUACUCACAGGCAAGCGGCCUCUCUGGGCACGACCCAGCUCAGAAACAAAUCCAGAGGAGCUACACGGCGCCCGACAAGACUGGGAUCCGCAUCUACUACAGCCCGCCGGUGGUGCGGCGGCUGGAGGCGCCUCUGGUGCACAACAAGGAGGGCAAGAUCAUGAUCGAGCCCGGAUUCCUGUUCACCAUGGCCAAGCCGAAGGAGCCGGAGGAGUCAGCCAGCGCCGAGGGCACCUACAGCCAGUGGCUGUGCAACUUCUCCAAGCAGCAGCAGGAGCUGCUGGACAGCGGCGCGGGGGAGAGCGCGGUGCCGCCGGUGCCGCGCUUCCCCCCCUCGCUGCACGACCUGGAGAUCUCCGGCAACAUGAGCGACGACAUGAAGGAGAUCACCAACUGCGUGCGCCAGGCCAUCCGCUCCAGCUCGCUCGAGAGGAAGGUGAAAAGCACCUCCAGCCAGACGGUGGGGCUGGCCCACGUGGGCACACAGACCAUCCAGACGGUGAGCGUGGGCCUCCAGACCGACCUGCCCCGCGGCACCGGCGUGCAUGGCAAGAGCUGGUCCCCGCGCAGCUCCUCCCUCGUAUCUGUGCGCAGCAAGCAGAUCUCCUCCUCCCUGGAUAAGGUCCACUCCAGGAUCGAGAGGCCAUGCUGCUCCCCCAAAUACGGCUCUCCGAAGCUCCAGAGGAGGUCUUCCUCCAAGCUGGACGCCUCCAAGGACAGGAGCCUGUGGAACUUGCACCAGAGCAAGCAGAACGGCUCUGCCUGGGCCCGCUCCACCACCACCCGCGACAGCCCCGUCCUCAGCAACAUCAACGAUGGCCUGUCCAGCCUGUUCAGCGUGGUGGAGCACGCGGGCAGCACCGAGUCCAUCUGGAAGCCGGGCUGUCCCGAGAGCAGCCGGGCCAAGCCUGAAGCACCCAAGUACGGCCUCGUGCAGGAGUUCUUCAGGAACGUCUGCGGGCGGGCGCAGAGCCCCACCGCCCCCCAGGAGAAGAAGGAGGUCACUGGGGAGGAGAGCAAGAGAGCUGAACACCUCAGCCCCACCACCCACCACCCAGCCGAAAACAUCUCCCGUGUCUUGAACAAGAAGGUCCUCAAGCAGGGCAGCUGCGAGGACCCCAAGCCCUCGUCCCCUGGCCAGGGCAGUAAGGACGCAGCCCUGCGGGACCCCGAGCUCAUCUCGGCCAUAGCCAGUGAGGACACGGCGUGUGACUGCAGCUCCCAGUCCCUCACCUCCUGCUUUGCCCGGCCUUCCCGCUCCGCGCUCCGCCACUCCCCCUCCAAGUGCAAACUGCACCCCGCGGACCCCCCCAGGGCGGAGGAGAAGCCGGGGGCCUCGACCUGCAAUGUAAAACCAAGUGCAUUUUAAAAAUACCGAAAUGAGCUACACUGGAGAGGCACCAAUUGGAUUAAGAGAUUGUGGGUUGGGAGGCUGCAGCGUGGCCCGCGGUCUGCGCCGCGCAUCCCUCCAUCACCACCA